AACAAAAGAUAUAAAAAAAUGGAAGAAAAAUUGAUUGAAUUUGUUAGCGAAAACCGGUUCCUAUAUGACAAAAGUGAUAGGAAUUAUAAAAAAUAGCUACCUGAGGGACGCCAAAUUUCAGGAGCUAUCGGAGAAAUUGCAUAUUCCAGAUGAGAAGCUAAAGGCCCGUUGGAGGACCCUACGAGAUAAAUUUUACAAAGACUUAAAAAAGAGACCAUCAGGAAGCGGCGUGUAUUCGCCAGACAAAAAGUGGAAGUGGAUGGAGAGCCUAAAGUUUUUAAAGGACGUUGAAAUGGACAACUUGAACACACAAGGCAAUUAUGGCACCGUAACGACAGAAGGUGACGACUCUUUCCUCAGCGACUUUGGUGAAUCCGCCUGUAGCAGUGUCAAUUUAAAUAUCUUUUCUCAAUCACCGCAGACGCAGACACAGACUGGACGGAAACGUAAAAUUGAGGAAUUACUUGAAAGCUCGAAUAGAGACUUUCAAAGAGUGACGUCGCUAGCCGCGGAAAUAUUGGUCGGUGACACGGAGAGAUCCGCAAUUCAAUUAUUUUUUGAAAGCCUUGUCAAGCAGGCGGAGGGAGCUAAUUUAAAUAGCCUGGAAAUGUCGGAGUUACAACUCCAAAUUUCUCAAACAUUCCACCAAUUUUUGGUGAAUCGUAGAAAUAUUUUUCAUUAUAAUAUUUAUCAUUUUAAAUAAAAGCACAUUCAUUUCAAAUA